UCUGAAAUUUAUUGCAGAAAAAUGGCAGCCUCCUGUGUACAUCAUGUGCAGAUAGCUGUGAGAAAUGGGUCCCGAUAUGUGCAUAAAUUGACAUCUAAUGUAAAUUUUCAGUUAUUUGCUGAGAGAAAAGACGCCAAUAGUACUGACUGGGUGCUCAAAAGUGGAUCAGCUGUAUUUGUGGUGAGCGAACACCGUGCUGAAAUCCUCCCGAUCCAGGAUUCGCAAGUUCCCCGGAACUCCGGGCAGGAUGAUUCCUCCGAUAACCCGCUUACGUCACCCCCACCAGUGUCGGAUGAGAGACAUUCAUUGUCGUCUGCUCCAGCCAAUUUUCACAGCAAUGUUUCGGAAAUUCAUCAACUAGGAUAUGUAUCACCACCUUUUUCAACUCACAAUUUAGGCUUUAAAUUACCACCUAAUGCUCUAGGGAAUAUAGAUUCGGUUUGCAAUAUUGCUUUUGAAGUGUGUGACGUUGUUGCAACAGUAGAACUUGCGCAGAAAGGUGGUGCACAAGUUUUAGUUGAACCAACUGUGAUCAAAGAUUCGAGUGGAUAUGUGACUAUAGCUGCAAUCAAGUCAUGUGUUGGGAAUGUAGUGCAUACGAUUCUAAACACAGAGCACUAUGAGGGUGUAUUUUUACCAGGAUUUAGUGAAAUAUCAAACUCAAAGUCAGAUUUGUGCAAUAAUUCCAUUUCAUCACACAUCAUUUGCAACGGAUCUAAGAGAUGUGUUGGCCAGUCAGACUCUGACUAUGAGCUUACAAAGGAAACGGUGACACAUUUCGAUCAUGUAACAUUUGCCAUUCCAACAGAAACUUCAAAUGAAGUUCUAGAUUGGUAUGAAAGGUGUUUUGGGAUGAGGAGAUUUUGGUUGGAUAGGAACGAGGACAAAUUAGAAGGAUUUCUGGUACGAGGGAGCAGUGUAGGGCUACGCAUGAAGGCUAUGGAAUACUGGAGAUGUGCAGAGACUGGGUUGGUCUUUUCUGAGGAGCGUGGCAAAGAGAGAAAGAGGUCAAAGAGAGGAACCAACAUGAUGUUUGUUGUGGCAGAAGCAUUACCAGAUCAAGGACCCAAUCAGGUGGAAACGUUCAUUGAGCAGCACGGCGGACCUGGCAUUCAACACAUUGGUCUCUACACCCCUGACAUAGAAUAUACAGUAGGCCUGUUGAAGGAGCGAGGUUUGGACUUCAUGGUGCCUCCAAGCACGUACUACACCGAGGUUGGUAAGCUGGAUGAGAUGAAACUGGUUGGUAAGGAUCCAGCUAUCCUCAAGGAACUUGGUAUCUUGCUGGAUGCAGAAGAUUUCCAGGACAAGGUGGAUGCAGAUGAAAAGGACAGUCCUGAUGGAACGGAUCCCAAUAUCAGGUAUCUCAUGCAAGUGUUCACACGGCCCUUCUUUGAUCGAGAUACAUUCUUCUUGGAGGUGAUCCAGAGGCAUGGAGCUUCUGGGUUUGGAGCAGGCAACAUAAAAGCCCUCUGGAGAUCUGUCGAGGCAUACAUGGUGCGGAAAGAGAGUUUGGAAAAGGAGACCCGUGGAUCAAAAGAGGUCUUGAAUUACUGAGCUUUAAUACUUUUCUAUUACAUUUUCUAGUCUUUCUGAAGUUUCUAUGGAAUUUCUCAUUAUAACAAGAGCUUGAGAUGUUCAUCAUUGUCUUGUCUAAUAUAUUUUAUCCUCUAAAGUGUCUCUAAAAUGUAUUUUGUAGGAAAUUAUAUUUCAAUGAGGAUACAUGUAUGAAAUUAUUUAAUUUAAUUCAGAUCAAUUAAUUUUGCAUCACUGAUUUGUUGAAACUAGAGCAAAGAACUUUUAAUGAAUUCUGUGUACAUCUCCCCUGUCUCUUGGUUAGGUUAGAUUUUCUUAACCUAUUAAGACACUAAAUCAAUGUUUUGCCAAGCCGGAAUCAGGCAAAUAGUAUCGUAAUACUUUGAAUAUUUAUGUAACUUCUGAGAGUUAUGAAGAAGUUUUAUAAUUUGAAAAUGAAAUCUAAUUUUGUUUAUUUUUUAAAGCUGUAAAUGGUGCUCUCUUUUCUUUCUAUUUGAAAUUUAUCUUUAGUAUGAGAGUGUUUUAGAGAGUUUUUCAUGUGGACAAUCAACUAGUCCUAUGCUAAAUAGUAGAAUGCACAUUCGUUUUUCUUGAAUGUGAGUUAGGCUUAGAUUUGAGGUCAGUGCAUUUGAAAGGAGUGAUAUAUCUUAUAAUCCCCAUACAAGCUUGAUAUAUAACUCUGUUGUAUCAUUUUAAUGUUGAUAUUUUCCUUUUAAACUACCGGUAGUAUUAGACCUUCCCCCGUUUAUUUACAUGUAAGUUCCAUACUAUAUGUAAAGGGCUUAUGGAGUGUACAUAAAAUGAAUGUCUAGUAUACAAAUGUAUUUCUUUGAGUAGUCUUAAUCUAGGGACCAUGUGGUUCCCAUGUGCAAUGAGUUACAAUACAUAAAUCAGAGUGGGAACUAAUUUUCAGCUUCUUGAAUUCUUAUAUAAGGUAAAUCUCUUUUGACUGAAACUAAUUUAUGUAUUUUCAAAUUAAUCAGCUCUUUAUUUUACUUUACUGGAAAUUCUUUUCUAAAGUACUUAACGUCUCAUUUUCGUUUUAUGUCAUUUAUUUGUUAGCGGUGUGACAGAGUUUCAUUGUAACCCACUCUGAUAUUUUUUAAAGGGUUUACUUUAAAGAUUUGCAAUAUCAAACAAGGGGGUCCUACUUUUGUAUCAUUACAUAUAUAGGAGCAUCAUUAAAACUUUGGUAUUAUCUCAACAUUCAUAAUGGACCUCUUUGGUAGCAAGCCACAGCUAUAAACAUUUUGUCUGGCUUACUCUCAAGUACAUACUAUAAAUAUGCAAUAAAUCAAUGAUACUUUGACACAAAAUACAGCUUUUGACAUGCCGAUUUAUGGUACCUGUUCCACUUUAUAUGCAAGAUAGGUUGCGACUGAUAUUGACUCCAGACUAAAUUGAACUACAAAAAAACGAGACUUUGAUUUACUCAUUUGUCUUGGAACAUGAUUUAAGAGACUUGUUUGGGAAAGGAAGAUGUUACUUUUUCUUUCCAAAUUAUAUCAUGUGACUCCCCCCCCCCCCCCCAAAAAAAAAAAAAAAAAAAUUGCUUGAUUUAGAGGCUUUAUUUACGUUUGUGAAUGAAUAUCAGGUUCUGUUUGGCAAUAUUUCAGUCAUCUAAAGUAUUUCACCUUGAACCAUUAAAGUUGUGACCUGUGUAACAUGUUUAUCGUGAAAUAGCAGAAGUACUCAUCCAUCAAAGAAUAUUUGAAUAUUCUAUGUCUUCUCCUCCUUUAGCUGAUGACUGAUAUUAUUUUUGCUUGCAUCUACCCUGGUUGUUUGUAUUGACACGCUUAUCAACAAGGUAGCAAAAGCCUAGUAAAAAGCAGUUCAGCCUUUCUAGUUUUAUGUAUUUACUCUAUGCUGCUUCCCAAGAGGCAUCAUGUUUUGUGUGUAAACUCGUACCAAAGUUACACGUUUUCUGUCACUCAAGAACUAAUACUCUAUGACUGCUUAUGUUUAAUUUUACUCUCGUUUCAAAAUGAUUUGGGAAAAAUUAAAAAGAUUAAGCAAUAUGUUUUGCAUAUAUACUUAUGACUGAAAUUACCUUUAUGUGAAAGGUAUUAAUAUUCAAUGAAGAGCUAUUGUAUUUUACUGCAUAUUUCCUAAAAAAUAAAAGUAUUUAUUUAGGUAUAUGUCAUUGCUGUCUUUAUAAGGAUGGCCCGAAUAAAAAUUAUAGAAAAUCAAACU